UCCAAACCAUAAUUUUAAUGACAAAAAGCAUACGUAUCAAAAGUUUCUCAACUUUAACUUUAAGAAAAAAUUGUUACAUUCGAGUUUGAGAAAAUAGUCAAAAAGGGGUUAAAAAAAACUAUUUGUGUUAGGUAGAAUGUUUUGCGAAUUGAAAUUCAUUUUUAAAGUCAAAGCAUGAUUCUGUAGUGUUCGUUGUUCAGAAAAUUUAAGCCGAUCUGGCUUUGUUUUGGAUUUUCCGCCAAACUUUUUUCAGAAGUCGUAGAGCAAAUGUUUUCUAUCUCGAGCUAAUUAAUACACCUGUAUGUUCAGUAAGACCUUAAAAUCAAAAAGGGAUUCAUAUUAACCCACAAACAAAGGGACAAUUUAUGCUAACCCACAAAGGGACAAACAUUUUCAUUUCGGGAGAAAGAAAAUCUGGUUUUUAGUAUUACUUUUAUUAAAAUUACUUUUACUUUAAUAAAAAAUACUGAAUAUGUUGACACUGACGUGGUGAACUGUUCUAAGUAAAGUACAAGUUGGUGCUAACUGUUUCAAGGUGGCCGAGAAGAUGGCAACGAAUGUUCAUAUGAUGAAAACGUAAAGAAAAUUCUGUUGAAAAAUCGACGCAUCACUAUCAGAGAAGUUCCUGAGGAUGUCAAUAUGUACAUAUGUAUGUAUAUUCCCUGCAAGCAUUUUCUAUCGCGGAAGACACUUCUAAGUGACUUCUAGAAGAUGAAAACUAUCGUCCGCGAUAUCACAUUCGGAUCGCAGAAGUCACUCCCGUCGGGAAGAAAUGUGCCACUUCGGAAAGUCACUUCGGCGACUCUUCUUCGCUACCGCGACCCUUUUUGUUUUUCUAAAAUGUGCGCUAUCGCCAUUCUAUCGCUCAGAAGUGACUUAGAAGUUACUUCUACACGAUAUAUGUAUAUUUUGUUUUUGUAAAAUGUGUACUAUCGUCUUUCUAUCUUCCAGAAGUGACUUAGAAGUGACUUCUGGACGAUAGGCGAUAGAAUUAUCGCCUUUUUGCUUGCAGGGUUAUAUCGUUUGGCCGAGCAAUGAAAUUUUUUUUUUUCAGGCUCCUUGGGUAUUAGUCAUAUGAUAGCGAACCCAUCUAGACUUACUCAACAGGGGAAUAAUUGGUGACAAACCAUGGGUAUAUAGAUGAGCCAAGUCCGAAAAAAGCAAUAUCGCCGAUCAGGUUGGUCUAAAAUUGCAUUGCCUGCCCGCGGCUCUCAGAGAGACAAUCUUCGACGGUCCUUUUGUUUUGCGUCUGUGUGUUAUGUUCAGCUAGCGACCGAAGUUUUUGUGGCGCAACGACAAUUUAAUUUAAAAUCAUUCGGGUCUCUGUGGCGGCGACAACCUCCUCAUUCGACGCAAAUUUCUGACCAGCAAGUGACUUUUUUAAGUUUGGAAACAAAAAGUAGUCACACGGUCCAAAUCUGGAAAUAUAGUGGAUGGGGUAGCAGUAGUCGACGUAGAACACACCUUGUGAAUCCCAAAAAACGGUGGUCAUCACCUUUCCGGCCGAUUGGACAGUGUUCGCCUUCUUCGGAGCAGGUUCGGCGGGUGAAGUCCACUGUUUUGACUGUUCCUUGGACUCUGAUGUGUACCAGUGGAUAUGUGUUUCGUCGACGGUCAUAACACGCCGAUACUCCUUCGGAUUGCUCUUAAACAGCGUCAAACACUGCUUUGAUGUGGUCUCACGGUUGCGUUUGUUGUCCAAAGGGAGCAAACGCGGCACCCAUCGCGCCGACAGCUUUCUAUAGAACAAAAUUUCAUGCAGGUUACGAAUGUCACGAUAGUAAAUUUCUCUUGCAAUAGUGACGCCAUCGGGCGGUGAAGCAAAGUACUUAUCGGACUGCCCUCGUAUGUAUAUUUCAAUUUCUUUUUCUUAUAUCCUCAUCAAUUUGGACUCGGUGAAUUUGUAUGAGGUUGAGACAGACGGACGGUCUAGAGAUGUUAAUCAAGAAUAUAUGGGGUCGGAAACGUCUCCUUCACUGCGUUGCUAAGUUAAUAAUAAAUAAAUAAAUAAAUAAACACUAAUUUAAAAUGUUUGUAAAAAAAUUAUAAUAAAUUAAAUUAUAAAAAAUAAAAAAAUAACGGUAAAAAAUAAAAAGUAAACAAACAAGA